AUGUCUAGAAUAAGAGGAAUUGAGGCCAAAACGCAGAAAAAUGUGCACCAAAUCUCACUAACAUGUAAAAAAGUAUGUAAUGAAAUAAAUAAAAAGAAACAUGAAGGUGAAACGUAUAGUAAAGAAGAUGCCGAAAAGCAACAGAUUACUGAUUUGCUACAUAAGCUUCCUACUUUGGAUAAAAUAUUUGAAGUCCAUCGCAAGAUUGGGGAAGGCACAUUCAGCUCUGUAUAUUUGGGAUCACUAAGACGUCAUGCAGUGCUUCCAUCCUCUGAGCGCCGCUGGUUUGCUAUCAAACACCUUGUGCCAACUGCACAUCCCGCACGCAUUGAGCAUGAGCUGCGAUGUUUGCAGGACAUGGGGGGGAAAAAUAAUGUCAUAGGUAUUGAACUUUGUUUACGCCAUUUUGAUACAAUAGUAUUUAUAAUGCCUUAUAUACCUCACAGAAAGUUUUCAGAAUAUGUGGGAGAAAUGGAUGCUAGUGAGUUGAGACUAUAUAUGCGUGCUCUGCUUGUCGCCUUGCGCCACGUGCAUUCGUUUGGCGUCAUCCAUCGAGAUGUGAAGCCCAGUAACUUUCUCUAUGAUCGAGAGAAUAAAAGAUACUUACUGGUAGAUUUCGGUCUGGCGCAGCGGAUUUGCCUUGCACCCGAUGAGCCUCCACCGCCCACCACUAAUAAGCGGGCAAGAGAAGAACUAGAGGAUGAUCCAUGUCCGGGUGCGAAACGCAUGGCCUUAGAUCUGACCGUAGGAGCGAAACGAGCGAACGUUAGUGCUCCUACACCCAAAGAGGGCGGGGGCGGGGGCGGGGGCGGGUGCUCGUGCUGGGGCGUGGGCGGCGUGUGCGCUAUGGGCGGGUGCGGCGCGCGGGCGGCCAUGCGGGCGGCGCGCGCGGGCACGCAGGGCUUCCGGCCGCCCGAGGUGCUGCUCAAGUGGGCGCGCCAGGGCGCCGCCGUCGACCUCUGGGCGGCCGGCGUCGUGCUGGCCACGGUGCUGGCCAACAGGUACCCCUUCUUCCGGGCCACGGACGACGUGUCGGCGCUGGCGGAGGUUGCCGACUUGCUAGGCACCGACGCUCUGCAGCGCACCGCACUGGCGCUAGGACGACGCGUGGUGACCUCGACUCGGCGGCCAGGGCUGUGCCUGCGCAAGCUGUGCGCGCGGCUGCGGGGCGUGCCGGUGUGCGGGAGGGGCGAGGGGGGCGAGGGGGGCGAAGGGGGCAGCCCUGGCGGGCUCUGCGCCGCCUGCCGCAAGCCGCGCCCGCUCUGCCUCUGCCCCGACGAGAACGUACCCGCCACCUCGUUGGACCCGCGCGUGUCGGUGGCGGGCUUCCCGGACAGCGCGUUCGCGUUGGCGGCGCGCCUGCUCGAGCCCGACCCGGCGCUCCGCAUCAGCGCCGACCGCGCGCUGCGCCACCCCUUCCUCGCCGACGGC